UUAGAAACAUCUAUAAAAAAGGAAUACCCACAAUGCCAAACUGGGGCGGAGGAAACAAGUGCACGGCGUGCCGCGGGACCGUGUACCACGCCGAGGAGGUGCAGUGUGACGGCAAGAGUUUCCACAAAUGCUGUUUUCUCUGCAUGGUGUGCAGGAAAGGUCUGGACAGCACCACCGUGGCAAUUCACGACCAAGAGAUCUACUGCAAGUCAUGCUAUGGAAAGAAGUACGGCCCGAAAGGUUACGGCUACGGUCAGGGCGCUGGAACACUUAACAUGGAUCGAGGAGAACGGCUGGGGAUCAAACCUGAACAGACGCCGUGUCACAAGCCCACCACCAACCACAACCCUUCCAAAUUCGCCCAGAAGUUUGCCGGUUCUGAGAAAUGUGCCCGCUGUGGCGACUCCGUGUAUGCGGCUGAGAAGAUCAUGGGGGCGGGCAAGCCGUGGCAUAAGAACUGCUUUCGCUGUGCAAAAUGCGGCAAGAGCUUGGAGUCCACCAACCAGACGGAGAAAGAAGGAGAAAUCUACUGCAAAGCUUGCUACGCCAAGAACUUUGGACCUAAAGGAUUUGGGUAUGGCCAAGGAGCAGGUGCCCUGGUUCACGCCCAGUGACGUCACACUCUCACUUUUUUUCCCCCCCUUCAAUACUUCUAACUGCACAAAUAAAACGUUGCAUCCUCUCAACAACAACAAAAGCUGACGUUUGACUGUAUUUUAUUAUGAAAGCCAUUAAAACUGAACCAUGCCCGUUAUGUUUUACAUCUGAAGCGGAGUUAAAGUGAUGGUGUGAGGAGGCACUGGAGAUGAUGCUGGAAGAACAUUGUGAGGGAAUGAAAUGUUUGGACCUCGAAAGCUGCAUGA